AUGCCCGAACCUCUUGUCGAAAGAAAGAAAAUCGAAUUCAGCAAGGCCGAUAUAGAAAGCGAAGAAGAUCGGUUGCGAAGACGGUUACUCGAGAAACGUGAAAGAGAUCGACACAGCGAAGAUGAGGAAAUGUUCACAAUACAGCCAAAGAAACCAAAAAGUGACAAACAGGAGAAAUUGAGGGACAAACACCGAGAUCGUGAUCGAAGAGAACGUGAACGAGAAAGAGAAGGUGACAAAUCUAAACAUAAGCAUGGAGAACGACGUGAAAAGGAUCGAGACAGGGACCGGACUGAUGAUCGUCACAAAAAGAAGCAUGACGAGUUUCGUGUCAAGUCAGCGUCUCGUAUAUUCCCGAAACACCAUCGUGAUAAAAGGCCUAAAGAAGAGGACGCAGAACGCCUGCGAAAGGAGCGCCUAAUGAAACGAGAUUCGAGCCGUACUCCUUCACCAGACGAACUCCUCAUGGGAGGUGUCAGGAAACGAUCUCCUCUCGAUCGAAGCGAACGUAAGAGAAAGGAGAAACAAAUCGGUAUUCAUCAUCGUUUAGAGUCUAAGAAGCAUGAAUUGGCAUCAUCUGCGGCGCCAUCAGAACAAACUAGCGUAACAAUUGCAAAAAUGGAAAUGGUCGAAUCAAUAGGAGAAGACGAAGAAACAUUCAUCGCAGAGAGCGAAAUUACCUCCUUCACAUUGGAUUCACCAGCCGGACCGCAGAAGUAUUCGAAAUUCGACAGUAGUCCGGAGGCAGGUGGACCUGAUGAUCAAACUCCGGAACACAGCCCUGUGGCAGAAUACAGUGAUGUAGAAAUGGAGCCUGAACCGGAGUUCGAUCCAUCAACUGCAACAUAUGAGACCUUGACGGAUGAGCAGAAAGCGUUGGUGCGUGCUGCUAAUCUCAAGCUUUUGCGAGCAUCUUCAGACAUAGUCAUCAAAAAUGCGAUUUAUUUCAGCUCUUCUCCGGACACAAAGAAGCGUUUGGAAAGUGAAUGGCAAAGCCGCUUGAUAGCUCAGUUACCUGUUUACUAUGCUUCAUUCAUGGGCUGUCGCAACGUUGUUGAAUUCGAUUGUGUGAAUAGAGUGGAGGAGGGCACCUUCGGAGUGGUAUAUCGUGCUAAAAACAAGCGCACAGAUGAGAUUGUGGCCCUCAAACGGCUGAAAAUAGAAAAGGAGCGAGAAGGAUUCCCAAUUACUGCUCUCCGGGAGAUCAACAUGCUUUUAAAAGCCGGCAAGCAUGAAAAUAUUGUAAAUGUGCAAGAGAUAUUGAUUGGGAGCAAUGCUGAUAAAAUAUAUUUAGCUAUGGAGUUUGUAGAGCACGAUAUGAAAAAUCUAAUGGAUACUAUGCACAAACGCGGGAAACGUUUCACAUUUGGUGAACAGAAAACACUAAUGAGGCAGCUGUUAUCAGGAUUGAAACAUCUUCAUGACAAUUGGAUUUUACAUCGUGAUUUGAAAACUUCUAAUUUGCUAUUUUCACACAAAGGCAUAUUAAAGAUUGCCGAUUUUGGUCUUGCUAGGGAGUACGGUGAUCCUUUGAGGGCAUACACUGCCGUUGUUGUAACUUUGUGGUAUCGUGCGCCUGAGCUUCUUCUUGGGCAAAAGCUUUACUCUACCCCGAUCGAUCUGUGGUCAGUUGGCUGUAUAAUGGGGGAGUUCGUUCUUCUCAAACCCCUUUUUCCUGGAAACGGUGAACUGGACGAAAUCAACAAAAUAUUCACGGAACUUGGAACUCCAUCUGACAGCAUAUGGGAAGGUUACAGUGAACUCCCUGGACCAAAAAUGAUGAAGCUGGGCAACUUCCCUUAUAACCAAUUGCGGAAGAAGUUCCCAGCCUCAGCAAUGAAUGAAAGUGGAUUCAAGUUGUUGAACAGGUUCUUGACAUAUGAUCCCAAGCGACGUAUCACUGCGGAGGAAGCACUCAAUGACAAGUGGUUCACCGAGGAUCCGAAGCCAACUCCGCCUGAGAUGUUCCCUACGUUCCCAGCAAAAAGUGAGCAACAUCGGGCUCCACCACCAAAGGCAGACAAAGUGAACAAAAAGGCGGAGAUAAUAAAUCCGGAGCGUGCAAAAUUGCUCGCUGACCUCAAGGUGCGGCCUGACCAAGUGACCUCCGGUUCCUUCUCACUGAAGUUUGACAAAACGAGAUUUUAA